AGAUCGUUCUUCCGAGAGGGAGGCGCCACGCAGAGGGAUCCGUGUCAAAGUUGGCCCACGGUGACGGCGAACGGCAGCGGGACUCGUACGUGACUACUGCGGACAGGUGGGACAGUAAAGCGAGAGGGGGGAGAAAAAAAAAAAAAAACAGCGGGGGUCAAUCCAUGAAUAUCAUCCCGAAGAGGAUUUAAUACGUCUUCUAUGCAGCUGAAAAGAGGCCCAGAUGCUCCAGGAUGGAUCAGGUACUUCCUAGCCAGAGCCCAGCUUCGGGCCUACUGGAACCAGACAGCGAGGAGUUCCAGCUCAGCGUGGACUUCUUCAGGAAACUGGGUUACUCCUCAGCAGAGGUGAAGGCUGCUCUGAGAAAGCUGGGGCUCUGCACAGACACCAACUCAGUGCUCGGAGAGCUGGUUAGAAGCAGGACCAGCGCAGCACCCGGCAUGUCCAGUUCUGACAGUGAUGAGAGGAGCACGGGCCAAAACGACCCUCUUCUGCCCCCCAGUUGGGCCCUAAGACCCAGGAUCACUCCACAACUGAAGGACCGAAAGAAUACAGACACAGAAUUGAGGCCUGUUGUUAUUGACGGCAGCAAUGUUGCCAUGAGUCAUGGCAGCAAGGAGGUGUUCUCCUGCCGAGGCAUCCAGCUGGCAGUGAAUUUUUUCCUGGACAGAGGUCACAAUACCAUUACUGUGUUUGUUCCCACUUGGCGCAAAGAGCAGCCCAGACCUGAUGCCCCCAUAACAGAUCAACACAUGCUGAUGGAGCUUGAAAAACGUAAAAUAGUCGUCUUCACUCCGUCACGUCGAGUUGGGGGUAAGCGAGUGGUUUGCUAUGACGACCGCUUUAUUGUCAAGUUGGCAUAUGAGUCGGAUGGAGUGAUCGUAUCUAACGACACCUACCGUGACCUUCAAGGCGAAAGACCUGAGUGGAAAAAAUGCAUCGAGGAGAGGCUGCUCAUGUACUCCUUUGUGAAUGACAAGUUCAUGCCCCCUGAUGACCCUCUGGGUCGCCAUGGCCCCAGUCUUGACAACUUCCUUAGGAAAAAGCCUCUGCCAACAGAGCAGAAGAGGCAGCUCUGUCCAUAUGACAAAAAGUGCACUUACGGCAUCAAAUGUAAGUUUUACCAUCCAGAGCGAGCCAACCAGUCCUACCUGUCCUUGGCUGAUGAACUGAGAGAGAGAGCCCAGAUUUCCACUGUAAAAGACGAGACAAAUGUCAGAUUAUCACCCAGACAGCUUCAGGCUGAUACUGGGCCUGCUCAUAAUGCCUGUUCCCAUCCUCAAGACUCAAACACAGAGCUCAUUAGAGACGGGCAAAGUUCUUCACAUCCCAGUCACAUUAGUGAAAAUAAAGUGUUGUACUGGGAGGAUACUAGAAACAGUUUGAAUCAUACGCCCUGCUCUGUAACAGGAGGCCAGUGUCAGAAAGACUGGCCUGGGCUGCACUCGGUGCACAGUCAUUACUAUGCCAACAUGUCUCAUGAGUACCUGGAUUCUGGUCUCGGCUCUUUUGAGAGCCAGUACUCUGAUAAUUCGCAUUGCCUCAGCAACUCCCAGGGGCUCAGUUACCAGCAGCAAAGUGCCCUCACUGCGCGCAGACACACCUCAGUGCAUUUAGGGAAAAAUAACACCAGCCACUCCUGUAGGUGCUGUUCCGGUGUGGUGCCCUCAACAGCUCCCCGACAACCUCAUGGAAACCUGGACUCUAAGAGUCAACCCAACUAUCCUCCUCACAUGUUCCCAGCAUGUGUGCCACACCAUCACAGCCUUCCCAGCCAUCUCCAUUAUAGAGGAGCACCCCAUUAUGAGCAAAAUUACUGGUCAGAUCCCUUUCAGGGGCUGCCCCAAGCCAGGACCUCAUGUAGUCUCCCCUCUUCGGCACAUUCCUCUAACUCCCACAACUCUUGCUGCUCUUCAGAAGGGCAUGAGUACGUUUCCUGGGGCCAACAGCAGCCGUCUUUCGCCGCGUUUGACCCACAAAGGUUGGAACUCCGCCAGAAACUGCAAGCCAUCUUCAACCCACACCAGGUGGAUACAGUCAUGGAAAUGUUCCCACAUCUGAUGGAUGCGGAGAAACUGGCUGCAAAGAUUCUCAACCUGAAGGCUCAGAGAGGGAUAUUCUGAUGAUUUUCUUCCCUUGCGAUCUCUUCAGUGAGAAAAAUACCAUGAUAAAUUGUGCUUACCCCAGUUAUGGCCCAAAUGUCAGUCAUAACAAACAGAUAAUUUCUUUAGAACCUUCUAUAGUGUCUGUAGUUGAAUGAUUUUAAAACAGGUUGCUUUGAUGUUUUGUUCUGUGUAGUGUGCCAUAAUGAAAGUGAAAUUUGCCUACCUAUUCAUGAACAGUUUAAAUAAUCUGUUCUGAAUUAUAUGCAUUUGUAUUGACACUGUAGUCAAAUGUAACCUUGGCAUCCAUGUUUUGGAUGAAAAGUGCCUCUAGACCAAAAACAGUAAUGACUGAGUUUCUAGAGUUUUGACUGUUGAUGCAUAUUGUAUCAAAUAUAAUCUAUUUUAAAUUUCUAUGCAAUAGGCGAUUGCUCUAUUAAGUAUAACUUAUUCUUUCACUGUUCCUAUAGUUUUACACAACAGCCUGCAGUUGGAUAUUAUCUCUCUGAGGUGUAGCCAGAGUGUAUUUCAAUAUAUUGUGGCUACCAAAUGCAUUCAUUUGCUGUCAAUCCAGCAAAGGAUCCUGACUCCGAAAUAGUAUUUACAGUUAAUUCUAAUCUAAUAAGGAAACUGAGAGAAUGACUCUGGCACUAGUGAAAGGAAUUUGCUGGUGUGUCAUCACCCGUUUCCUGUAAAUCAGUAUCAGUUUCAUUCAAAGAGCAAGUGUUGCUGUAACACCACGCAUAUCUGGGCUACUGUGUGAUCGAAAAAAGUUGUAAAGAAGACAAUCAAAGUAUGGGAUUUAGUUCUCAUUAACAUGCAGAAUUAAUCAAAUCACUUACUGUAAAUGCAUACUGUAAGAUAAACUUUAAUUGUAAUCAUGUAUAGUAAAAACCAUGUCACUGGA